CGAUUCAGUAAUUCCUCUAAUAAUAAUAUGAUUUCUACUAAAGAUAACAAUUUACAAGAGCUCUUUAAAAAUAAUAAAAUAUUUAAGUAUUUUGUAUCGAAAAUGAACUAUUGAACAAUAUUUUUUUAAACUUUAUAUAAUAUGUAACAUUGACGAUGUGAGCACCUGCUACAGUAAAUUAUAAAUUACCUACAUCGAGGAUGAUGACAGUAAAAAAUGAAAGAAAAUAAACCAAACUCAAAAUAAGAAUAUGAAAAAUAUAUGAAUACUUAAUUUGAAUUAAAAUACAGUAGAUAAUCGCCAGCAAUUGAAGAAAAAGAGAAAGUUAGAUGAUUAUUAGGACUAAUAAACAGCAAAGGUACCGUUACAAACAAUCAUAAUAUAUCACAAUAUUACAUUUCCAAAAUAGCAUUUAACCAUUAAAAACAAAAUUAAAAACACGUUCAUUAUAGUUCAUUUUUGGACAAUAAUACUUUAAUUAUCAUUGUAUGUUAAGAAUAUGUAAAAAUAGUAACCUUUUGAAUUCAGUUUUUAAACUAUAACCAAAAAACAAGCGCAUUCUUUUCCUGUUACAUAUUUGUGGGAGUUAUAUAGGUUCUGUUUAAAAACUGAAAAUCAUAAAAAUUUGUAAGGUGUGUAACACAUAAAUGUCUCCAAUAAGGUAAAAUAUGCUCUAUUGAUAGUCCGCCAAUCGAUAGAAAAGAACAUAGACGUUACUUAAAAAUGUGUUAAAUAUACAUGAUUUUAUUAUUACAUACAAUAAGAAUUUCAUAUUUUUAAAAAUUAUUUGUUACUCUCUGUGUAUGACUUUUAUCAAAUAAUACGAUCCUUUCGGAUGACUGUAAUAUCCUCGUUUCAGUCGAAAAUGAUGAAAAAGUUCAUACAGGUUCAUUCAGAAGCAGCCUGAAAUUUUUAAUCUUCUAAAUGAUAAUCAGUACGGUUUUUGGAAUCACUGAAGUGCUGAAUGCAAUACCAGUAGUCCGGUGGAUAGGGUUUAUGAUCGGGCACAAGCGAGUUACCGUUGAGUGUGCCGGGAGUCUAUAGGCCCAUUUGAAACGGAUGUUCUCAAAGAUUCUUCCUCCCUUCCUUUGUAACAUAGUGAUGGAUUUGUCCUUCGAGAAAAUGGAGGUUAUACUCAGGUAUAUGCUGAAGACCAUGGUGAGAUCUUAAGGGGAAUCCAGAUACAUUGCAUAACUUGGUACAAAGCACACUUCCAGCUUUGGAAAAGUGAAAUAGGAAAUUCUCCUUGAGAUUCAGUCCAAGGAAGUCAGAGGUCUUUAGUUUCAGAAGUCUUUUCCAGUUGGAACGGCUGAUAUUAGAGGGUCAAGUACUCCCAGUACAGACGUCAGACGUCUGGGAGUAGUGAUAGAUAGUAAACUAUCGUGGAAACCACAUGUGGUAAGCAGAACUCGCAAUAUCAUAGCAAUUCUGACGCAAUGCGGAAGACCUAUUGUUAUUGCCUUCGUAUCAACUCAAAACAAACACGAACGAUGUAUAAAUCCUUUGUCAAAUCUGCGCUUGUGCACGGGUGUGAUAUUUGGAUUAAUGUAGUCAAUUCGGAACUUCUUUUUAAAUCCUUCAAAGGUGCUAAGAAAGGUAAACUUCUUAACCUUAUCGAUAUUUGUGAAGAAGGUAAGUGGGUGAUUCAGGUGCUGGCGAUGCCAAGAGAUUCCGGUCUGGAUGUUUGA